UUCCAAUACUCAACAGAAAGCACACGCCACACACCAAUGUCUCGUCCUUUUUUCUUCCUCCUCACUCUCUCUCUCUUCGCCACUUCCCUCUCUCUCUCCUCCCCCUCCCCGCCCAUACCAGACCGCUUCACCAAAUCAAUCCCCCAUUCCCUCCGCCAAAACCCGUUGCCCCAAGAAUACAUCGAGAUCACCCGCCCACUGCCCUCCGAUCGCCUGAUCCCCUCGUGCUCCCUCCAAGCCUUCAACCACACUUUCGGCGACACCAUCGGCCGCCCUCCCACCUCCGUCUCUUACUCCCCGCCGUCCGAUUGUCCCCCGCCAUGGUCCCGCGUCGUCCUCGAGCUGCGCGCUUCCUCCGACGGAGACCAGUAUGACCGCAUCGCCGCCGUCUGGCUCGCCGGUGCCGAGAUCCUCCGGACCAGCACCGCCGAGCCUAAUGCCGAAGGGGUAUUCUGGAAGGUUCGCAAUGACGUCACCAGGUAUGCCUUCCUGCUCCAACAGUCAAAUCUCGCGUUAACGGUCAUGCUCGAGAAUGUUAUCACCGACAACCUCACCGGCGUUUACGACGUUAGUCUUACUCUAUUGUAUUACAAAAGUAAUCACGUUGGGGUUCCACCACAACAUCACGAAUUAAAUAGGAAAUCUGGGCUUUUGGAGGAGAACAUAGCUGUGGAUUUUGUCAACAAAGAGAGCCAAUUAGGAUUAGAAUCUGAGAAAUUCAGGGAUAGUCCACUGAUUAGAAAGAGUAAUUCAGAUUCAUUGGGUCUUUACGAAACACCGGCGAAUUUGAUAAUCCCCGUAUCCAGUGGGGGUGAUGAAGGGUUUUGGUUCAGAAUCGAGAGUGAAUCGGGUGUUGAGUCGAAGGGGAUUCAGAUUCCUCCGAAUACUUGUAAGGCUGUACUCGAGAUAUACGUAUCGUUCCAUGGAAAUGAUGAGUUUUGGUACUCAAAUCCACCUGAUUCUUACAUAAGAACGAACAAUUUAACCACAGGGAGAGCCCACGGAGCCUACAGGGAGGUUUUUGUGACAAUUGAUGGGAGAUUUAUCGGCUCGGUGAUUCCAUUUCCGAUCAUAUUCACUGGAGGAAUAAAUCCCUUGUUUUGGGAACCAGUUGUCGCGAUAGGUGCUUUCAAUCUACCUUCCUACGAUUUCGACUUGACUCCAUUUCUGGGGUUUCUUUUGGAUGGGAAGGUUCAUUUUAUUGGGCUUGGUGUGGCCAAUAGCAUUCCAUUUUGGCUUGUGGAUGCUAAUCUACACCUUUGGUUGGAUCAUGACUCUUCGGCUGUUGAGGCCAAAACAGUAUAUAGCCAUGCUCCUAAACUAUCAAUCCAGCGAAGUUCGCGAUUUGAACUACUCGACGGAUCGUUCAAGAUUAAAGCGAAGAGGAAGAGUCAGUUCUCAGGGUGGGUGAAAUCAAGUGCAGGGAAUUUGACUACUCAUGUUCUGAAUCAGUUCAAGUACAAUAAUUUGAUAAGAUUUGAUAAAGAUGGUACUUACAAAUCCGUUAAACAGAGAGUCAAGACAGUGAGUGAAGUUAGGGUGGCAUCUGAGAUGGGUAGUUUGAUCAGCCGCUCGAUGGUGAAGAGGAAUUUCCCUCUCAGAAUGAUCACGUCAACAAUAUCCGGAUCACGAACCGAUGCCUAUUUGAUGGUCACGAAUGUUUCCCAUUCUUUGAGAGAGAAAUUGAUUUCCGGGGACUUGUCCAGCUCGUUGCAUAACAGUCAGGAUUCAAGGGGGUGGAUGGUGGUGAAGGAUCACAAUGUUCUCUCUGGAUCAGCUACCACUGACCAGAAUUUCAGUUCUAAGGGUGAGUUUGGUCGCUACUCUCGGUCCGUGUCAGCUACUGAUGGCCGGCUAAUCAGAGACAAUACGACCUUUUCUUGUGCAUCGUCGAUUUAGUUUUCAUCUUUUCUACUUUUCUAUUCACUGCCACGGGUAGGAUAUUGAGUCCAUGAGUCCAUCUCAUCCCCAACCCAGCAGGAUCAUGUGUCUCACGUCUCGUUCCGAAACUCAACUGUUAGUAGUUGUAGAAAUGUGGUAAUAUAGUGAAGAAUUCUUUGUGAGAAUGUGGAAGUCCAUCUCAGCUCCAACCCAGCAGGAUCAUGGGGCUCGAUUCUGGUUCGGAUUCUCGCUUCAGAAUCUCUCUUCUUGUUCCGAAUCUCAACUGUAAUAAUUCUUGUGAUUUGUCUGUUGUGUAAUUUAAGUGGAUAGCAUGCUAGAUUGGAGGCCGGAAA